UGUUCACUGAGCUGAGUGUCAAGGUCUUCCCCUCCUCAUCCAGACACUACUCCUGGGACUGCUUGGCUGGCGCGGCAUACCGCUGCACCCUGACCUUUUUAAAGGUCAUACAUCCUGCUGGAACACGGACAUCCUGGAUGAGUAGUGAGCAGUGAUGAGUGACAGGGAGGCAGUCCAGGCCCAUGUCCUUCUGUCAUCACAGGGUCACCAGACAGCCCUCCACCGAGCAGCCAUGGUGGGGAACAGUGAUAUCAUAGACGGACUCAUCAAGGGAGGCUGCGCUCUAGACCUGCAGGACAAGGACGGCAACACGGCGCUCCAUGAGGUCUCAUGGCAUGGCUUCUGUCAGUCAGUCAAACUGUUGGUCAAGGCUGGAGCUGACGUUCACGCCAGGAACAAGGCAGGAAACACAGCUCUCCACUUGGCCUGUCAGAAUGCCAAUGCUCAGAGCGCCCACGUGCUGCUGCUGGGAGGCUCCAGACCAGACAUCAAGAACAAUGUGGGGGACACCUGUUUGCAUGUGGCAGCACGCUACAAUCACCUGGCCAUGAUCAAGAUUUUGGUGGGCGCCUUAUGCUCUGUUACGGAGAAAAACCAGCUAGGGGACACUGCUCUCCAUGUGGCAGCUGCCCUAAACCACAAGAAAACUGUUCAGCUCCUACUGGAGGCAGGGACUGACGGCAACGCACGAAACAACGCAGGGAAGACUGCCCUGGACAAGGCCAGAGACUACAACCACAAAGACGUGUCUCUCCUGCUGGCCAGAGCUCCUCAGGUUCACUGUUUCACUAGAGAAAGGACGGUGAGGAAGAAAAGGGACCGGCUGAAAGCAGAACGCAGAACCCAGUCUGUCACUAGAGAAGAAAUUCUGCCCAACAAGGACAGUGGGUACAUGGCUGAGGCGUCUCACGGUAGUGAGCGUAGGGCCAGCAGAGCAGGGCUGCCUCACCAUCAUCACCACCGCCUUCACUACAGUAAAACAUCAGUCACCCCAACCAGCCCUUACCACAGAAGGAGAAGACAUAAGCUUUUCAAAGAACAGGUGCUUAGGGGUGUCUCAGGGGAUUGGGUUGUGAGGAUAAAGACCAUUUCUGUUCUCUGCAAGAUAAUGGACAAUGAAGUCUCCUUCUUCCAGGCCUUGGCAGAGGAUACUCCGAGAAGAAGAAUGAAUGGCCAUCCCGAACUCCACAGGAAGAGCAGACUGUGUACACAUGAUGAAGCCCCUCCGCCUCACAACGGCAAAACCUAUCAGCUAUACACCCUGUACCGCGACAAGGACGGCAAUGUCAAACAGGCCCCAGCCAAUGGCUGCCACUGUAAGCCCCUGAUCAAGAGGCUAGAGGGAGAGCUGAACGCCACUAAAGAGGAGAUGAGGACACAGAUGCUGACGGUUCAGGAGCAAGUCUAUACAAGGCUUGGGAGGAUGGACCGCAAGAGCAUACACCAGGCCUGUCUGCUACCAGUCAAUUCAAUUCAACUUUGUUGCACACAUGGCUUUUUCUGUCUCAUACAGAAAGACAAACUGCAAGUACAGCCUGUAAACCUCCACUCGAAUUUGUGUGGACAUUUGUGUGGAAAUGACAUGAAUGACAUACAGAUGAUAGCUGCUGUUCGGCGUUGUGUUGAUCAGAUCAAAGUGCUGGACAUGUUGACCCAGGAGAGGGUGGCAGCAGAGAGGAUGGAGUGUCUCUACAGGAUGGACCAGACAGCUGCCCAGGGCAGAGAGGAGGCACAGAGGAGACAGGCAGCAGCAACCCAGGAGUUGAAGAGGUGGUGCAUGACUCAGAUCCAGGAUAUGGACCUCCACCUCCCAGCCCACCCCCAGUACUACAAGCUGCUCCCCUCUCCGUCUGUGGAGCAGUCUGUGGGGGACGAUGGAGACUCAGAGAGCCUCCCCCUGCUCUCUGUCGUCUCUGGGGACAGCAGCAGCUCUCUGGCUAACUACGUCAACCUGCUGUCAUGCCCUUCACCCUCGCCUUCAAUCACCCACAAUGCACCACACAGUCCGGCAAUGGAUCAGGGCCAGGGGUCGGGCAGGAAGUACUUUGAGCUGAAGCUGGACAGAUCACCAGAUGACGACCAGAACACUACUCUUCUCCCUCUGCUAGCUCACCGCCAUCACCCAGGAAUCCUCCUGAGCUCUACCGCCACCCGGUGUCAACAUCCAGAACUGCUCGACAAUCACAUUCCGGGGCUGAUCUGGGAUGGCUGCUCCAGCAGCACCCAGUCUCCCACCAGCAACUGGAAGCAGGGCCGGGGCCAGGACAUCCAUGGCUGGCACCACAAGAAGCACCUCCGGGACCGGAUCAGGACGCGCGGCCUGAUGAGACCACCCAGUGUCGGGACCAGGACCCUAGAGUUCUUCAUGGACAGACCCCCUGAGCCCACAUUCAGUCAGGAGAGAAACAACCUACACGCCAUGGAGGUGACCCAGAGGUUCUUUGAGACAGUGUCCACUCAGCUGGAGUGCUGGUAUGAGAGGAAGAUCCAGGAUGCCAAGCGGCAGGCAGAGCUCAGGGCACAGCAGGACAGGGCCGAACUCCUGCAGCGAAUUAGAAGCCUGGAGGAGGAGCUUGAACAGCUCAGGAUGACCAAUGGGAGCACAGAGGGUUGAUGCCAACCGGGCUGACAUCAUGAGUUUGAGCAGAGGAAGAGAUGAAGCGAGAGGGUUUACUUUGCCCAAAAUCUGUCCACGAAAAUAAGACCGCAAAGUGAGGAAUUUUUUAUGGAGGACAAUGAGUCGAAUUUGAAUAAGAAAAACUUGAAUUGCUUACUUGAUCAAAUAAAAGUUUCAAAAUGGUUAGGUUGUUAUGAAUGCACUGAUAUAAGUGAACGCAUGUGGCAUUUCGCCAACUAAAACAAAAAAAAAACUUCAUCUGAGUUGUGCCUUUUGUUCACACGCGUAUCUGCCCUCUCAUUGGCUAGAAUAGUCCCACCUGAUCUCGACUCCUUUGGCCUGCCUUCCAUCAAAGACAAUACAGUGCUUCCAUCUUUGAGGACACUUAUUACCAAUGUUAGUGGUCACUCGACUAUCUUGUCAAUAUAAUAGAUUGUCUUUGGUUUGACCCUUACCUUAACCUAAUUGUAACUAAUUUGAAAAUGAAAUAUCACAUCUGCUACGUCCCCUUUGUUUUUCCCAUUUAUUGCUUAUACAGUGCCUUGCAAAAGUAUUCAACCCCCUUGGCGUUUUUUUCAAUUUUAUUCCCUUACAACCUGCAAUUUAAAUG